AUGGAAAGAUACCGCAUCCAAUCCCAGCCCAAGCCCAAGCCUACCGAAACCGAGACUAACCCCGAUGAUGCUGCCGAAGCAGCCCCUCAUGCCGAUCGCGAGGGUGACGACCGAGACAGCAAGAAGAACAAAAAGAAGAAGAAGAAGAACACCGGUCAAAACACCAACCGAAGCUUUGGCAGUUCAAAAGACGCCAAAGCCCUUUGCGGAUCGAGAAUGUUCAAUCCCGAGUUCUCACCUGGAGAGUGCCAGUUCAACGAGAAAUGCCGCUUCGAGCACGACCUGCGCCUCUACCUGAAGGAACACAAACGUGAAGAUCUUACAACUUUGAAUGGGAUGUGCCCUGUGUAUGAGGCCCUGGGCAAGUGCUACUCUGGAUGGAAGUGCCGGUUGGUUGGAUCGCAUUCGAAGGAGAGAGAGACGGCAGAUGGUCGGAAGGAGCUCAUUCUUCUCGAAGAUGAGGAGCGCAUGACGAAGGCCAAACCGCGCGUGCCAUUUGCAACGGACGACGGGCUGGUCAAUAUCAUUUCCUACGAGGAUAAAAUGGCGCUGGCGCGGAAGAAGGAAGUCACCAUUCGUGCCAAUGCUGUCAAUGACUGGUUGAACAAGUCCGGUCAGGAAUUGGAACAAUAUCUGCACAGUGGAAAGAAGGAGGGUGAGGAUGGAAAGACUGAUGGCACAGCUGAAAAGGUCGUUCAAGACAAGGCCAAGGAGGAGAAAGAAGAGCAACGGGCACACUUCACCGAGCCGCCUUUCUUGCCCUCUGAGAAGCGUCGCAUUUACUUCGGCCCCGAGACGCCCACCCUGGCACCUUUGACGACACAGGGAAAUAUGCCUUUCCGAAGACUGUGCUCAGAUCUGGGGGCUCAAUUCACCUACUCUGAAAUGGCCAUGAGUAUGCCGCUCAUCCAAGGCGCAAAAUCCGAGUGGACUUUGAUGAAGGCGCACGAGUCGGAAAUGCUCCCACCGUCUAUUACCCGAGGGGAAAAUGUGGUUCAAGGCUACGACAAUUCGAAAGAUUUCCGAUUUGGGGCUCAGAUCGCUGCCAACAAGCCCUGGCAGGCCGUUAAAGCCACCGAAGUUCUGUCCAAGUUCACCCCCAACUUACGUGUGAUCGACUUGAACUGUGGCUGCCCUAUUGACCUUGUCUAUCGCGAUGGAGCUGGUUCUGCUCUCCUAGACCACCACUCAAAGUUGGAGAAAAUUCUUCGCGGCAUGAACAUGGUCUCUCAGGAGAUUCCCAUCACCGUCAAGAUCCGCAUGGGGGUCAGAGACAACUAUCCAACUGCGCUGAAGCUCACCGAGCGCCUUAUCCACGGUGGCUACGAAUCGAGCCUCCUUGGUGUGGGCCCUCCAGGUGUCGCAGCUAUCACUCUGCACGGACGGAGCAGGCAGCAACGAUACACUAAAGAAGCUGACUGGAGCUAUAUUGCCGACUGUGCAGCCCUCAUUAAGCGCCUGAACGAAAAGACCGACAACAUCACCGACACUAUUCGUGAGCCAGAUGCUCGCUUUCAGCCAAAUGGUGGAAAGACAUACUUCCUCGGUAACGGUGACUGCUACUCGCACAAGGAUUACGACGAUCACGUCAACAAUGCCGGUGUGGAUUCGGUUAUGGUGGGCCGCGGUGCUUUGAUCAAACCGUGGUUAUUCGAGGAAAUCCAGACGGGUCAAUACCUUGACAAAUCUGCAACGGAGCGUCUGGCUUACAUCGAGAAGUUUGCGAAGUAUGGCCUCGAGGCUUGGGGAUCUGAUGAGCAUGGUGUUGGUACCACCCGACGAUUCAUGUUGGAGUGGCUGAGCUUCGCCCAUCGCUAUGUUCCCAUCGGACUUCUGGAGUACCUUCCCCCUAAAAUUAAUGACAGACCCCCUGCUUGGCGUGGUCGCAAUGAAAUGGAGACUCUCAUGGGUAGUGACAACUACCGGGACUGGAUCAAGAUCACGUAA